CUCCCUUCUCCAAUGGAAGCUCGAUCUCCCGCGCGUACAUCUUACACACACACACACACACGCACAAACACAUGCCUUUUCGGAAUGGCCACUUCUAUCUAGUCUUAGUCCAAAGUUAACUACCUGUUAUAUGCCCUGCUCCGAGUGAAUCUGAAUCUGAACCCCAAGCCUGCGAACCUGAACCACGCACCUGACGUUUGAACCUUAAUCAUUCACCCUCUUUCGGCUGCCCCUUGCGACCUGCAUCCUCAUCAUUCCCUUGCUUCAAUCAACAACCACAAUCCUGCCCUUUUGACCUUCACAUCCACCUUUUGCGAUAGUGAGUCAAGCCCGACAAUUUAUGGUUCGCAUCAUUUAGGCGUCUUCUCUUCGCCCCCCUCGACGUUCUCGUCUUUGCCUUCGUAACUAGUCGCUCGUUUUUUUUUUUUCAAGUCGUCCACACAAACAAACACAACCAUGGCGUCUUUCGUCCAGCGCGCCGCCUCGGCGCUUCUGCUCAGUGCACCUUUGGUGUCUGCAGUCUUGUCCAUCGAUUCCAACGAUGCCAUCAAGCAGACUGCGGCGGCACUUGCAUACGAUUUAAUGAGCUACUACAGUGGAAAUCAAUCAGGGCAAACACCCGGUAUCCUGCCCGGCCCCCCUCCCGCAGGCGAUUACUAUUGGUGGGAAGGUGGUGCGCUUUGGGGAACUAUGAUCGAUUACUGGCAUCUGACAGGCGACACCACGUACAACAAGGUUGUCACCGAGGCCAUGCUAUGGCAGGUCGGCCCCAACGAGGAUUACAUGCCCCCCAACGUCACUGCAUCUCUCGGGAACGACGAUCAGGGCUUCUGGGGCAUGACUGCUAUGCUUGCCGCCGAAGAGAACUUUCCCGACCCGCCUGCGGAUCAACCCCAAUGGCUCGCGCUGGCACAGGCCGUCUUCAAUACUCAAGCUGCUCCAGAUCGCCACGACACCACCUGCAAUGGCGGUCUGCGAUGGCAGAUACCUUUCUCCAACAACGGAUACAACUAUAAGAACAGCAUUGCGAACGGCUGUUUCUUCAACCUCGGCGCUCGUCUAGCUCGUUACACCAAUAAUGAGACCUAUGCCAAGUGGGCCGAAGACACCUGGGACUGGGUCACAGGUGUUGGCUUUAUGGAUGACCAGUACAACAUCUACGACGGUGCCCAUGUCGAGAAGAACUGUACCGACAUCAACAGGGCCCAGUUCUCGUACAACAACGGUGUCUAUCUGCUUGGUGCUGCAUACAUGUACAACUACACCGAUGGAAGCCAAGUCUGGAAGGACCGACUCGACGGUCUCAUCGCUGGAACGCUUCGCGUCUUCUUCCCCAACAACAUUGCCUUCGAGAUAGCAUGCGAAGAGCACAUGACCUGUACCACGGACAUGUUGAGUUUCAAGGGCUACGUCGCCCGUUGGAUGUCAACCAUCACUCAAAUUGCCCCAUACACUGCGGACCAGCUUCUGCCAAUCCUGAAAACAUCGGCGACUGCAGCAAUCAGCCAGUGUACCGGCGGUACAAACCAGAGAGCUUGUGGUUUCCAAUGGGCCACGGGUGCCUUUGAUGGCAGUGUUGGUGCUGGCCAGACCAUGAACGUACUCGGAGCUGUCUCGUCGUUACUUAUUGGUCAAUCCAAGGUCCCCGUUACCAACACCACCGGAGGCACCAGUGGUGGAAACUACAAUGCCGGCCAGGACAGCGACUCAUUCACCAACACGCUGACGCCGAUAACGACCGGGGACAAGGCUGGUGCCGGUAUUCUGACCGUGCUGAUCUUGGCAUCUGCUGCCGGUACCUUCGGCUGGAUGAGCAUGGGCAUGUAGAUGUGCACACCUGAUCAAUUGGUGAAUGAAAUACGAGUUAAUGUUGUUACUUACAUGUACCGAGCGCCUAUAUUUGCGCAUUCGAUGUUUUGAGUUUGGGAUUUGGGUACCGGCGUCAAGGAAGCGAGGGCACGAAUUGCCGUCUGACGACGAUAGCAAAAUGGACCUGGAAUCGGCUGUUUUUUGUGUUAGCUCAGUCAGAGCUUUUAGUAUUGAUAAUAUAACACCCAUUGAUAGAGAUCGCACGAAAGGAGAUGUUACCA